AUGCGUACCCGACAGGCGGCGGCAAAGCAUGCCAAAACGCAGGAUCAGGAUGCUCUCCAACCUGAAAAUAGCGACAACCUCAGCUCUUGCUCUAAUUUCACUUCGAUUUCGAAUACUUCUCCUGUGUAUACCCGACGUCGGAAUAAGGCUUGGUAUCGAAGAGAUGCCAAAAAGAGAGCGCAGGGUACUGAUAGAGACACUAUCAGUCUCGAUUCUUUCCCCAGCGGCUCUGUGGCAACAUGUCCUCCAGCUUCAUCUCAAAACUGCCUACUUGAUGGUUCAACCGACACAGUAAUACCCAUUUUCCCCCUCUUCAACCAACCAGUUCCUGCCGCACUUGGAACAUCUCCCCGUCGCGGUGCUCCCACUUUCGAUAUAUGGUUGCGCUGGAAUAUUCAACUGAAAGCUGGGCUUGUUAAGCUUGGGUCGAAAAGAGAAGAUCGAUGGUACAGUUGGCAGGAGAUUCUUUUUCGUUUCCAGGAGGUGCAAGCAGUUAUUUAUUCCCUAAUGGAAAGGGAAAAGGAAAAUGGUGAUCUGAAGUCGAUUUGGAAAUGGCUUACAGACAUUGCGAGAGACUUGGGGAACGAUGCCAUCAAAUAUCAUCAACAACAGAGGUUUAGCGAGGCAAAUACUAUACAAGUCACUGAUGACAGAAUAUGGCUCUUGGUUGGAAAGCCUGCUACUUUUCAAAAAAGAAUGAAUGGGGGAUGGCAAGAUCAUUUAACAGGUGUUCUGAGCUGGAAUGGCCGCUCUCCAUCACUCCUAGCUGACGAUGGUGAAACCUACUGGCCAAAAACAUCUAUAUAUGAGCUAGCGAACGGCGAUGCCCGAAUCAUCGAAGGUAUAUCGAUGACUGAAGAUGGACUUACUCAAUUUUAUACCGAGGACAAUAUAAUGCAACGCAUUCCAAAACCUCCUGUAUUUUCAACCAUAUUAUCGUCCCACCGCUCUCACACUCCACGAAAUUUGCUACUGGUGGAUGGUAAAUUGGCAAUUGCAGUAGGACUUCAAGCAUAUCCAGGCGAUUUCUUUUGGAAAUGGCACCAUCUUUUAAUAUUCGAUGUAUGGAGACAAAAUCGCAACUAUAACAUCGAAUUGGGAAAGUGGUUAGACACUGUCCGGCAAGCAAAAAUGCUAGGGAAGAUGGCCUAUCCCGAUGGAAAUAAGAUUUUUUAUACCCAAGGUCAAGAUUUGUGGAAGAAGUUCAACAAGGAACUCCUCCUUCUCAAUCAAGAGAAUGUAAUUCUACGGUCUGAAAAUGAGGACUUUCGUGGAAAGCUGGUCCUUGAAGGUCAAUUUCAACCAUAUCUCCUCCCCAAUAAUGGUCGCGCUCAGGUAUCGCUGCGAUGUCCAGUAAUGGCGAAAUCAAAUAGCAAAUGGGACGUUGUUCUGGAGGCGAAUGAGUCUGUGAUGGGGAUGUAG